UCCCGAAAACAGAAAAUUACUUCUCCGAACUGUUUCCGAAGAUAGCUGCGCUGGCUUUGAAGCUUCCUCGUUAUGUGAUGAAGGCCGUCCCGCUGCUUCAGAGCGGACACUCGGCGAGCAUCACUCUGUCGCAGGUUCAGAUUUCCUGUCUGCUCGCCAACGCCUUCUUCUGCACGUUUCCUCACCGCAACGCGUCCAACGCCACGGCAGAGUACCACAACUACCCGUCCAUCAACUUCAGCAGUCUCUUUGGAAACUGGACCAGUCGGAAGAAGGAGAAGCUGAGAGCCGUCAUGCAUUACUUCCGUGUGGUGACGGACGAGAACACGAAACCAAGAGGACUGGUGACGUUUGAGAGACGCUGCCUCAGAGACACCGACAUCCCCAACUGGAGAAG